AUGUCGAGUGGAAAACGGCGUAAUCCGCUUGGACUCAGUUUGCCACCAACGGUCAAUGAACAGAGCGAAAAUGGCGAGGCGGCGGCGGAGGAGGCCAACCCAACAGUUCCACUCGAAGAACAACUCAAGAAGCUUGGGCUGACAGAACCUCAAACACAACGCCUCAGUGAAUUUUUGCUCGCUAAAGAGGGUAUAAAGGAAUUGAGCGAAGACAUGCUACAAACAGAAGGAGAAUUGGGACACGGAAAUGGUGGAGUUGUCAACAAGUGUGUCCACAAGAAAACUGGAGUUAUAAUGGCUCGAAAGCUUGUUCACCUUGAAAUCAAACCAUCAGUACGUCAACAAAUUGUCAAGGAAUUAGCAGUACUUCACAAGUGUAACAGCCCGUUUAUUGUUGGAUUCUAUGGUGCUUUCGUUGAUAACAAUGAUAUCUCAAUUUGUAUGGAAUAUAUGGAUGGAUUGUCACUGGAUAUAGUACUCAAAAAAGUGGUCCGCGUUGUCCUGAAUUUAAAAAUGUUUAGUUUUGCGCAAAUACUUAUAAGCUCCUUACCUGGCUCUCCUGAAACUCCGGCGUCUCCAUUAGUUCCGUCUUGUCCUGGUGAUCCGGCCUUUCCUGGUUGUCCUGGAGCUCCUGGUCUUCCUGGUGGUCCUGGUGGGCCUGGUGGAGCAUCACCUCCUGGAAGAAGUGCUCCUGGCUCUCCUGGUGGUCCACGUUGUCCUGGUUGCCCUGGCUGUCCUGGAGGUCCUGGUGGUCCAGCUGGUCCUUGUGGUCCUGGAGCUCCGUCCUCUCCGUUUCUUCCUGGGUUUCCUGGAAUUCCGUCUUGUCCUGGUGGUCCUGGUGGUCCGCCGAGUCCUGGAGCAGCUGUGCAUGGACACUGUGGUGGAACUGGAAGGAUACGGUCAUGGAGCUCAGCAUCUGGUCCUGGUGGUCCUGGCUCUCCUGGUCCGGUUCCUGGUUCUCCGUCUCUUCCUGGAGUUCCUGGCUCUCCGUCUGGUCCUGGUGGUCCUUGUUGGCAAGGUCUGAACAUAGUGGAAGACCAAUGGGAAUGCAAUCAAGACUGCAGUGACGGCUACUGUCGAGAAUGUGACAGCGACGAACGCCACACUCCUCAACGAUCCCUUGCUCUUCUCGUCCAUCUGGAAUUCGAGGAAAAUGAAAGAGAAGUCAACUAA